ACAUCUGAUUGGUUGGUAAGUCAAGCGCGACCUCUUACGUAUGACGGAAAACGUCCCGUUGAGUCUGCGUGCCGACGUGCUUUCAGUUCGGUUGUUUGGCGCGGGCAGAUAACUGGCUAGGACGGAGUGCUAACAAGACGCAUUUCGUGAAUAAAGUUCACAAUCACAAACGGAGUGCUGAACCACCAUGUUAGACGGUGGCCAGUUUGUGGAGGCUCUGGGCCGUCUAGGUUAUCCUGGUGCAUCAUCACUGAAAGCCUCUGAGUUCGACUGGCUGUUUGACUGUGCCCCGGAAAACCUUCAGUUCUUGCGCUUUGUCUGUCGGACCCUCAACCGGAGCAAUGUUCUCACGACGGAGGAGGUGCGUGCUUUUCAGGAGCUACGAAAAUCUGGCAAACCACUUCUGGAUGAAGCAGCCUUGGAGGAGGUCCUUAAAACCAUUGGAUCUUCAAACGGGAGCAAUGCAAACAUUUGGGGGACCUCUUCUUCAUCUUCAUCCACUGUGUUUGCAGCUGAGGGGGAUGUGACCACGGAGGACUUGGAGGCAGAACUCCAGGCCCUUCGUAAAGAAAAAGAGCUGAAGCAACGACGCUAUAACAAGCUGCAGGUUGUGUCCACCUCCCGUGCGGAUGUUGACCUACGACUCACUGCAGAGUUGGAGAGCGCUGCAUGUAAGCUGAGGGAGGCCAGUGCUUCCAUUGGGGCUGAGAAUGCUGACACCAAUGCUCUAUUGCAAAACCUAACAGAUGAAGUUAAAAAUCUUGCAUCACAUCUCCCACUUCAGCCUGAAGCUAAUCAAAAAGAAAAAGGAGAACAUGUGGCAUCAUCAAACGCUUCUAUCUCUGGAAGCCCCACUGUUCUGCUCUCUCAGCUAUCCUUGGGCCCCUACCUGCAUCAGGAGGAGCUCAACACUAAAACACUAACUGCUUUCGCUCAGAAACAUUUCUUCCAGGGCAUCUCUGACAUUGUUGAGACUUCUUGCUUUGAGCGCUUCCAAGUCCUUGAUCUCAGUUCUUGUGAAGAUGGAGAGGAGGAAGGGAGUGAGCACAAAGGGAAAGACCAGGAGGAGCGAGUGGUGGAGCGCAGGAGGACGGAGAUGGCCAGACUUCAGUGGGCUCAUAUUGUCGCCCAGCACCAACUGAUGCAGGCCGCUGCUGAGGAGAAGAGUGUCAAGGCUGGACUGGACUGGCUGUCUGAGAAGGCUGCUCAUACCAAGAGCAUUUCCACCUCUUCCUCACUGCAUGUUCGUGAGGUUGUAUCCAGGAAGGAGCUUCAGAUGGUGGAAGCUGAGCUUGAGGCUCUGCUCCAUGGACCAGUACCUGCUGCCCUAAGGGAAUCAGCCAGACUACUUAAUGUGCCGGUAGUGAAAGGAGACCUGGCUCUUCAACUGGCAAGGCAGGACUACUACACCUCCAGACAGGACCAGGUACGAGACUACCUACUCCGCCAGAAGGCGUCAUUUGACCUGGUGCACAUGGCUCAGGAGACGGAGCUGAGGAGGUGGAAAUUGUGUCUUCAGCAGCUAGGAGAAUUAAACAGCAGACUGCUCAAGGAAGGUGAAGCAGCAACUCUCAGAAUUGAGUCCCUGGCACAUCCUGAACUGGUUAUCAAUCCCAAGCCCAACCCCAUCAUCAGCUGUAAGGAUGUAGCCUUCAGCAGACUGCUCCAGAUCCUUGACCAUGAUUCAUACCACUGUCGAUCAGAGCCUUUUCGGACAUAUGAAGCAUUGGACCACGCUGCUCAUAACCUUGCAGGGAACCUCCAGGUCACGAGAGAUGCCCUCGCUGGUGCCACCCGUGAGCUGCACUACACAGCUUCUCGUCUUUAUGGUGACUGUGAGGCGCUGCACAGGGCAAUGUACACAGAGCUCCAGCAUCUGGUCUUAGGGCCACAGGUAUGUCCAAUGGCCAUCACUGACCAGGAGCUGCUCUGCCCCAAUGCACAGGAGCUGACGUCAAAGCUAGUGGAAGCCGAGUCUCAGCUACAGAGUUUGCAGCAUGUAAUGCAAGAAAUCAUGGGGGAGGUUAAAGCCAAGCGUUCCCAGCUGGAGCGUAAUUCCCUCCUCAGACGCGAGAGGGAAUUAUACGUCUACUUUCACUUGGAUGCGCGGUUGCUGCAAAAAGUAGUGGAAGAUCUAGAGGCCAAAAUGGCUGCAAAGAGAGGGCAGCAGUAAAUCCUGCCAGAAAGAAUGAGGACCACUUCUGUGCCAAGGGAGACCACCUGUGUUAUAUAGUUUGAAGAGAUCUGAUCAGUACACUCUGUUUUUUCAGUGCAGGAGGUUUGCUAACUAAGCUCUACUCUGAUACAAAACUUGCAGGAGACAGAUGUUGGUCCCUUGAGUCUUCAUUGACACAUCUUUGCCACUCAACUUGGGAUAAAUUCUAACUGUGUAAGAGCAGUGCUGCUCAUUUGAUGAUUAACAUUCGUUUACAUGUGCUCGUUUUCAAUAAUUGACACAUAAAUUAAGAGAAGAAUUUUGGAACUUACUGCUGUGUCUCACAAUUUUCUGAAAUGUCCUUGUUUCAUUUUUGUUACAAGUCAUCUUAUAAAUAAAAUAAAAUGUCUGUUGUUUUG